CCCUCGCCCUCCGCCCCUGCGCCUGCACCGCGUAGGCCGUCCCCCCCCCGCGCGCGCACCCCGUAGACGACCCCCGCCCGCGUCCCGGCCGGCCCCCCCUUUCUACAUUUAAAGGGGGCGCAGCAUUCGCCUCCUGCCUCAGGUGACCUCUCAGGGGGUCCCCCGGCAGAGGUGCCCCGCCGCUGAGGAACAUGGCGAAGGUGGAGCAGGUCCUGAGCCUCGAGCCGCAGCACGAGCUCAAAUUCCGAGGUCCCUUCACCGAUGUGGUCACCACCAACCUGAAGCUCGGCAACCCAACAGACCGAAACGUGUGUUUUAAAGUGAAGACCACAGCACCGCGUAGGUACUGCGUGAGACCCAACAGUGGGAUCAUCGAUGCGGGGGCCUCCGUCAACGUGUCUGUGAUGUUACAGCCUUUCGAUUAUGACCCCAAUGAGAAAAGUAAACACAAGUUUAUGGUUCAGUCUAUGUUUGCUCCGACUGACACUUCUGAUAUGGAAGCAGUAUGGAAGGAGGCAAAACCGGAAGACCUUAUGGAUUCAAAACUUAGAUGUGUGUUUGAAUUGCCAGCAGAAAAUGAUAAACCACAUGAUGUAGAAAUAAAUAAAAUUAUACCCACAACUGCAUCAAAGACAGAAACACCAGCGGUGUCUAAAGCUCUGAGCUCUUCUUUGGAUGACAGCGAAGUGAAGAAGGUGAUGGAGGAGUGUAAGAGGCUGCAGGGGGAGGUGCAGAGGCUCCGGGAGGAGAACAAGCAGUUCAAGGAAGAAGAUGGACUUCGGAUGAGGAAGACCGUGCAGAGCAACAGCCCCGUUCCUGCGUUCGCUGCGGCUGGGAAGGAGGAGGGCCCCAGUGCCCGGCUCCUGGCGCUCGUGGUGUUGUUCUUCAUCGUUGGCGUCAUCAUAGGGAAGAUCGCCUUGUAGAGGCGGCCGGCGGAGGGUGGCUUUACUGGAUUGAUGGCCCGCUAUACCGUGGGCUUUGAAUUGAUCAUAACCAUGUGUAAAAAGAAGUUAAUGUGUGAUGACAUCUCACAGGUCUUGCCUUUAAAUUACCCCUCCCUGCGCGUGCGCACGCGUGCACAUACACACACACACAAUUAUAACGUAACAAUCUUUUAGAAAGUGAAAAAUGUAUAGUAAAUGAUGGGGGAAAGACUGGUCUUUAUUAAUGACGAGGGAAACCGUGAUUAAAUCGUAAUGGCAUGUCGUAAGUGUCACUUUAAACAUUUGUAGCCUUGGUACCUGUGGCUGGGUUGAUUACCUCUCUCGGAACAAGACACUCUUCCUGCCUGUUGGUGCUGGCCCUUGGGGAGCGGAAGCCCAGUGCGGUGGGAGGGCCGUCCCCUCCAUGUAGCAACACCCCCCCCCCGCUCACUCCCCCCCGGGCUGCUGCUCCACGUCCUGCUCUGCCCUGCCCCUGGCCGCUGGUUCCCUGGGACUGAUGAACGGGGUCAGAAGCCAAUGGCGUUGUGCUGCGGCAGCGUUGGAUCUGCCCGUCGGGAGCGGGAGGCAGAUGCUGACCGACUAGCCCAACACUUUGGAAAUCAAAGUCAAUGCUUUGUUCUCUUAAAGGGACCAAGCUAAAUUACUGUGGGUUCAUGUAGCGAGAUUCACUUGUUAUUCAGAGAUGUUUAAUGCAUAUUUAACUUAUUUCAUGUAUCUCAUCUCAUGUUUCCUUAUUGCCACAAGAUUACAGUUACUGCUGUGGGCUACACGUCACCUGUGCCCCUUGGUGCCGGUGGGAGCUGCUGGCAUUGCAGCUGGAGAGCUGUGGGCUCCUCUCGGGAGGUUCUCCGGGCCUGCGUACACGUGGACGGGUGGGUUGUCUGACUGGGGGACAAGAGCUGCCAGGAAGGUUUGUCUGUGUGAGGAGACACAGCCGUCCGCCAGGGGAGGCUCUUCGUGGCAGCGGUCAGCCCUGUCCCCUGUCGAGUGCAGAAGACUGGCCGGGCUUCUGUGGUGUUCCGCGUUGCCCCUCCGCUUCCCGUCCUGCUUCCGGCACACGUGGCCCUGGGCUGGUACCGACCUCUCCCGUGUGGCCCUCGCUCCGAGUGGGGCGGCAGGGGCGCAGCAGACGGAACCAGCGGGGUGGGGGCGGGGAGAGGGGUGAGAGUCUCUUCGGGUAAUCGUCAAGUAGUGAUGAGAGUUUGACUGUAAAUUAAUUUUAUGCCAUAAAAGACCAAUCCAAUUCUGUUUGACUAUGUAGCAUCUUAAAAAAGGAAAAAAAAAAAAAUAAAGCCCCAGAACUAAGA